GCACGCGUAAAUCCCGGAGAACGCUAUCUUGUGUUUAUAAGAUCUUUGCUAUACAUUGCUGCUGCUAGGAAGCGUGUCAACAUUGAUCAUCAUCCAAAUUGGGUCUAGCCCAUUUAGGUCUGUGAUUAUGACUUGCUAGACUAUUGUUUCAACAUCACCAGACCAUUAUUUGGAAAGUUUUACAAUCCAAGACUUACUUCACACGCAUCACACCAAUAAUAAAUUGCAUUGGUGAAUAUUUAAGAGUCUAGGCCUAGUAGAGGGAAGGAAAACUUGAACCAAGCAUCGACAGGUAGAGGUACUAACAGGCCAAGUUCAUCAUUAAGUCACAAUGUUUGGUUCACCGGAUAGCCACUUGCCUAGUGCCAGUGGACAGAGGUCCCAUGUCAAAAAGGGAACUGGUGAAUGGGCUUCGAAGAAUAAGAAGGCGAUUAAAGAGACAUAUACUUUUCUAAAAGUACUUGGAAGGGGAGCAACUUCAGUUGUACAUGAAUGCUAUGAAAAUGGAACCAAACAGAAAUAUGCAGUUAAAGCAAUACAUAAAAAUAAUCAUGACAAGGCAGCGAAAAUGGAGAUUAGUAUUUUGUUGAAGAUAGACCAUCCAAACAUUAUCAAGUUAAGGGAAUUAUUUGAGGAAGGUCCAAUAUUAUAUCUUGUGUUGGAAUUGGUAACUGGUGGUGAAUUAUUUGACCGCAUCGUGGAAAGGGGCUAUUACAGUGAACGUGAUGCUGCAAAUUGUGUCCGUCAAAUAUGCGAUGCUGUAUCUUACUUGCAUCAGCAUGACAUAGUCCAUCGUGACCUGAAACCUGAAAAUCUGUUAUACGCGACCCCUGCUGAUGAUGCACCUCUGAAGAUAGCUGAUUUUGGGUUGUCAAAGAUUCUGAGCGAAGACGUACAAAUGAAGACAGUCUGCGGCACACCUGGCUACUGUGCGCCUGAAAUCCUCCUGAACGCACCAUACAACUGUAACGUAGACAUGUGGAGCGUUGGUGUAAUAACUUAUAUCUUGCUCUGUGGCUUUGAACCGUUCUAUGCUCCAUCCGAUCCUGAGAUCUAUGCGAAAAUUAUGAAAAUAGAUUACAAGUUCAUUUCACCAUGGUGGGACCCAGUAUCUGAAAGUUCAAAGGACUUGAUUAGGAAGUGUCUUGUUUCUGAGAAGAGACUGACAGCCAAUGAAGCCUUGCGACAUCCGUGGGUACGAGAACACAAUAGCGCUGCACACUUUACACAUAUGGACAAAAUACAAGAGAACAUGAAAGAAUUUAAUGAGAACAGAAGACGCAAAUUUAAGGCUAUGACUCAUGUUAUAAUGGCGGUGAAUCGGUUGGGGGAAUUGAUGUCUCCUGAUGGUCUAACCGGGGACAAGCCAGAUGAUGAAACACAAACCGCAGCCACUUCAUAAAGUUUAUCCGUCAUGUAUUGUACAAGGUUUUUAGAGAGCAGUUUGCUACCAGAAUUCAUUUAACACUGAAAUCAGGCAUGGAUUAGAUAACUCUAGCAGAGCAGGAACCAGGAUUUCACUCACAGCCUUGCUUUGCUUCAGUGGUUGUUAUGGCCCAUGUGACAGCACAGAUACAUAUAAAGCUUCCUUUACCUCGGAUGCAGCAAGCUUGAUGCCUUAGAACAGCUUCAAUAUUUAUUUUGUAUACAUGUCAGCAUUUUAUAUAUUUAAUAAUACAGUCAUAUUUUUGUGAAUUGUAUUUAAGCUUUUGUAAAUAAUCUAUUGCAAUAAUUAUAAAAAAAGUUUGAUCUAUACAAACACAUGAUUUAGAAAUGAUGAAUUUUUAAUAGACAAUAGUGUCAUGUUUAAGAUAUCCCUCUAUUGUCUUUUGUAGCAUCUUGUAAACCCGUACAAAAAACGAUCAAAUACGACACAGAUCAAAACAAUUAGUUUAUGUUCUACAGAAUUUUUACUACAAAAUUCCUAAAUUUAUUACAUAGGUCCCAAGUCUCUUAUUAAGAAUCCUAUAAUCCUAUUCCUAUAGGAUUAUGGGGAGGCGGGUCCAGAAUUUUUCAAACAGGGGAGGGCACAACAUUUUCAGGAUAGGUAAGUAAGUAGCGCUUAUUUUAAUACAUAACAUUGAUAUGCAUUAAAAUUUUAAAAUUUAGUGGCAAAAUGGGGGUGGGGGGUAGGGAGCAGCUGGCGAUGGGCAUUAUGAUUGCCCAAAAAAAUCAAAUUAGUUUUGUUUAGAAGGCUAAUUAACCAGAUCUUCUUCUAACUUGGAACCCCUGUGAUUGCCAUCCAAUUUAAGAGUCUAUUAAUAUGCAAAUAUUUGAAAAAAUUUUACUAUUGAAACUAAUACUCAAAUAUAUGCGCAGUAACCAAUUUAAAUAUUCAUGUUAUUCUUAAAGUGCAUAGCUCAGUCUAUUUUUACUAUAGCAUUAGUGGUUUGCUUCAAAGGUGUGUGAGAAAUAAUCUGGAAGUUAAAAGCAUUAAAUAAUUUGCAGAUAAUAUAUUACAAUGAAUGUGUGCCACUGAGGCCAUCUAUUAUGUACCUCAUUAUUGACUUCAAACGUUGUGGUGAUGUUCUUGUAGGAUGGAAAUCUACAAUGUUCAGCAGUAGGUUUCUUUGUCAGCAAAAUGAAAUUUACACAAAAUGAAAUUUGAUAUUUAUAUUUAUAUUUAGUCUCAGUGUAUAUGUUUUUAGGUUUGUUGGUACAAUAUUGUCGGUGUGCACAUUGUGAUGUUUACAAAGCAGCAAUUCAUUCUGACCUUUGUCUACAUUACUAUUUCUCACCUAAGAGUGUGUGUAUUAACUGCAAUAGUCCUCAAGGGGAAUGGCAAAUAUUUCAUAUCACAGUACAUUUGAAUUCAGUGAAUAGGAACUUGAGCACUAAGGGAUAUUACAUCAGGCACUAUAUAAUAUAAAUGUAUUGCAAUUAUAAUGAGGGUACUGUUUUAUUCUCUUUAAUGAAAUCUUUUUUUAUUCCUAUUUGUGUUUGGAGGCUGGUCAACAUUUUUAGAUUGUCAAAUAAAACAUGGAACAUAUGUCUUGUGUGAAUAUGUCCAUUAAUUUUUGUAUUUGUUUAUAUUUUCCAAUCAUUUUUAUGCUGUGAAUAUUUGGUUUUCCAUAUUCUACCAUUAGACUAAUUUAAAGUGAUUUAAUAAUUGUAUUUAUUAAAUAUCAUAGGAGUGAUGGUUUUGCCCUACCAUCUUAUACUGAAUAUUCAAUACAUGCCCAAAUACUUACAAAAAAAAAAUCUUGCAAGUGAUUCCGGUUGGAAUUGAACACACAACCUCCAAAAUAAGCCUGGACCACCGAGCUUGCGCAUAAGUGGCUUAGUUGAAUCCAAUCCAACUUUGAUGUUGUGUUGUCAGAAAAUUUUAUUGCAGUGAUGUUUUUCCCUUAUUAAAUAUUGUUAAAUAAUAAAUUGGACAAAUAUAUAUCUUUCUUUAUAUUUGUAUAUUUUUGUGUGAUAUGAAUUUGUUUUGAUUGAAUAUAGCUGAGCCUGUGCUGUUGGCAUGUUAUGCUCAUAAAUAAAAUCAUGUUUAUGAAAUA